UGAUUUGAAUGUCCCGCCCUGCCACGCGUCUAGCCUUCACCCUCGCGAGGCAUGGAAGCAAGCAUUCACACACUCCGAGCUCGCUCAUCCCAUUCGGUUCGAUCCGUGUUGUCUGUGCGACCGAGAACCAGCAAGUGUUCUCUUCGAUAUUUCAAUCAAUUUAAAUAUAUAUUUGACGAAGAGUAAACUAAUUUAAUCUUGCGUCGGAGCACUAUUAUUCUGCCAUUUACAAACACUAAAGGCUAGUUUUAAAACCAGAUUAAUUAUCGCUAUGUAGAUGUCUCGGUUGGAGUACUAGGAACGGGAGGACGCUGAUCUGUGUUCCAAGAUGAGUGGGACCAACGCGGCGUCUGGAGCGGCGCCCUGCCGCUUCGCUCACUACUUUGUGAUAUGCGGAAUAGACACCGAAACUGGGCUGGAACCGGACGAAUUAGCCGCUUUGUACCAAUGGCUAGAGGCUGACCGCCAAGGCAGGGACCCCGAUACAGCAGCCGCAGGGGAGAACUUUGAGCAGAGCCCCCUGAAGAGGACGUUUAAGUCUAAAGUCCUGGCCCACUACCCUGAGAACGUGGAGUGGAACCCUUUCGACCAGGAUGCUGUCAACAUGCUCUGUAUGCCCAAAGGCCUGUCGUUCAGGACACAGGCAGACAGCCGCGAGCCCCAGUUCCACUCCUUCCUGAUCACGCGGGAGGACGGCUCUCGCACCUACGGCUUCGUCCACACCUUCUACGAGGAGGUGACGUCGCCUCAGAUCUGCUCGGCCAUGCAGACCCUCUACCAGAUGCACCAGGCCGAGAACCCUUCCUCCGCCACCCCCUCCUCCUCUUCCUCCUCCAGCAUGGACUCUCUGGCUAGCAGCCUCGACGAAGCAGAUUCUCCAUCUUCCUCCUCGUGCCGGUCGGCGGCGUGCGGCGGCUACGACGCGUCGCGUGACACGCUCUACGUCUCCAAGGCGUUGUGUCUGAUCACGCCCAUGCCCUUCAUGCACGGCUGCCGCCGUUUCCUGUCCCAGAUGCACCGGGCCGUCACGGCCGCCUCGCCCCCGCCCCUCCCCCUGGAGAGCUACGUGCACAACAUCCUGUACGAGGUGCCCCUGCCCCCCCCGGGGCGCUCGCUGAAGUUCCACGGGGUGUACGAGCCCAUCGUGUGUCAGCGUCCUGGGCCCGGGGAGCUGCCUCUGGCUGACUUCCCUCUGGGCCAGACCUUCACUCUGCUGGGGGUAGAGAACCUGGUGCAGCUGUUCAACUGUACCCUUCUGGAGAUGCAGAUUCUGCUCUACUCACAGGACUACCAGCGGUUGAUGACAGUUGCGGAGGGCAUCACCACCCUGCUCUUCCCGUUCCAGUGGCAGCAUGUCUACGUGCCCAUCCUACCCGCGUCACUGCUGCACUUCCUGGAUGCCCCCGUGCCCUACCUCAUGGGCCUGCAGUCCAAGGAGGGCACCGACCGCUCCAAACUAGAGCUGCCACAGGAGGCUAACCUGUGCUUCGUGGACAUUGACAACCACUGUAUCGAGCUGCCUGAGGACUUCCCCCAGUUCCCUAACAAACCAGAGUUCAUCCAGGAGCUCAGUGAAGUCCUCCUCCGCUACGGCAUAUCCCCAGUGGGGGGCGCUCCUCCAACCUUUGUCCCCACCACCACCCCUGGGUCCGUCUCUACCCGUCACCCUGGUCUGAAGAGCCAACAGGCCCUGAGGGAGCUAGAGGACGAUGGGAGGAAUGGGAACCUAGGCGGGGAGCAGUUAGCUGUGUUGGAGCUUCUCCAAGGGAACGCUACUCUGGAAAGACUCCAGGCUCUGGCUAAGAGAACAGGGGUCCGUGUGGAAGCCCUGAGGGGGGUAGGGGGUGAGGGAGAGGGCCAGGGGGGGAGGACGGCAAUCGAAGAGGAGGAGCUGAGGAACGCUAAGCUGAAUGUACAGCUGAGGGAGGUGUUCGCUAGCAGGUUUACCACAAUGUUCGCGGACUAUGAGGCCUUCGUCAUCCAAAGCGCUCCGGACCUGGAGUCCUGGCUCACCAACCGAGAGCAGAUGCACAACUUUGAUAAGGCCUCCUUCCUGUCUGACCAGCCGGAGCCCUACCUGCCCUUCCUGUCCCACUUCAUCGAGACCCAGAUGUUCGCCACCUUCAUCGACAACAAGAUCAUGUCCCAAUGGGAGGAGAAGGAGCCGCUGCUCCGCGUGUUUGACGGACGCAUCGAUAAAGCUCGUCUAUACAAUGUUAGAGCCCCAAGUCUGCGAUCCUCCAACUACCAGAGGUGCACCGUCCUCAAGGAGUCAGCCCAGGCCAUCGAACAGCGGCUGAUGAAGAUCGACCACACAGCCAUCCACCCCCACCUGUUGGAUAUGAAGAUUGGACAGGGCAAAUAUGAACAGGGCUUCUUCCCCAAGCUGCAGUCUGACGUGCUCUCAGUCGGACCCACCAAUAACAACAGGUGGUCCAGUCGUACUGCUACGGCUCAGCGUAGGAAAGACCGUCACAGACAACAAACAGAACACCUGACUCUAGAUAACGACCUCAAAGAGAAGUACAUGCAGGAGGCUCGGAGCCUGGGGAAGAACCUCCGUCAGCCCAAGCUGUCUGACCUCUCACCUGCCGUCAUCGCUCAGACCAACUGGAAGUUUGUAGAGGGACUACUCAAGGAGUGUCGCAUGAAGACUAAGCGUAUGUUGGUGGAGAAGAUGGGCAGGGAGGCAGUGGAGCUGGGUCAUGGGGAGGCCAACAUCACAGGUCUGGAGGAGAACACUCUCAUCGCCUCCCUCUGUGACCUGCUGGAGAGGAUCUGGAGCCACGGCCUACAAGUCAAACAGGGGAAGUCAGCUCUGUGGUCCCACCUUCUGCACUACCAGGCCAGAGAGGAGAAACUGGAGCAGCAGCAGGCAGAGUCACCAGUGUCAAAUGGUCCAGAGAGACGAAAGUCUGAGUCGUCAAUAGGGAUGCCAUCACUGCGAGCGUCCGUCAUACAGGAUAUGAGGCACAUCCAGAGUAUGGGGGAGAUAAAGACUGAUGUGGGCAGAGCGAGGGCCUGGAUCCGUCUUUCUCUGGAGAAGAAGCUACUCUCCCAACACCUCAAACAGCUGCUGACCCGCCAAGCCUUAACCAAGAAGUUGUAUAAGCGCUACGCCUUCCUGCGCUGUGAGGAGGAGAAGGAGCAGUUCCUGUUUCACCUGCUCUCCCUCAACACUGUCGACUACUUUUGUUUCACCAGUGUCUUCACCACCAUCAUGAUCCCGUACCGCGCCGUCAUCAUCCCCAUCAAGAAGCUGAGCAACGCCAUGACGACCUCCAACCCGUGGGUGUGUGUGUCGGGUGAGCUGGGUGACUCGGGCGUCAGGCAGAUCACCAAGAACAUCCUGGAGAUGACCUUCGAUUCUGCUUUCAGGCCACACACUCACAUCGACGCCAUGUUCAAGUGUCAAAACCUGGGUAAGCUGACUACAGUCCAGUUGGGUCAUGAUAACUCUGGGCUGCUGGCUAAAUGGUUGGUGGACUGUGUCAUGGUCCGCAACGAGAUCACGGGACACACCUACAAGUUCCCGUGUGGGCGGUGGCUUGGCAAAGGCGUGGACGACGGCAGUCUGGAGCGCGUUCUGAUUGGUGAGCUGGCGUUGCCCAACGCCGAUGAGGAUUUUGGGAGAGGGUGUCGCACGCCUGACAUGCAGCAUUCGCCGGGUCAGACCAGACGCGUCAGCAUCACCUCGAUGGGAGGACGCGGAUACAAGCCCACCUCAGCUCAAAUCCAGGAGGCCAUCGGCGAGGCAGUGAACAGCAUCUGCAAGCACUUCCACAAGCCUGAGAAAGAGAGGGGCAGUCUGACCAUCCUGCUGUGUGGUGAGGUUGGUCUGGUCGGGGCUCUGGAGCUGUUCUUCCACAACGGCUUCAAGUCCGCCCGCCUCUUCCAGAAGACCGUCUUUGUCUGGGACUUUGUGGAGAAGGCGGUGGCUUACAUGGAGUCAGCAGACCAGAUGGGGGACAUGCAGGAGACUGCUGAGCCCCUGGGCCUGACCUGUGUCUCUCUCUGUCACUAUGUCAGUGCCAUCAACUCCUCGCCCAGGAACAUUGGCAAGGACGGCAAGUUCCAGCUGCUUGUCUGCCUGGGGGCCAGAGAUCGUCUGCUGAUUCAGUGGCUCCCUCUGUUGGUGGAGUGUCCAGUGAUCCAGCGGAUGUACGAGGAGUCUGCUCUGCUGCGGGACCGGACCACAGUCAACGCUCUCAUCGCUGUCCUGCAGACCCUCCACGACUUCCCCAUCACUCUGGAGGCCUCGCUUGUCAAGGGCAUCGACCUUUAACCCCUACCGCACAGCCUGCUGGGAAACCACCCAGCCCGUGACUACAUUGCCCACAAACCCUUGCUCUGUUCCCUUUUGCCCUUUCACUGUUGUUGUUGUUGAGGCAUGCUUCAGCUGAUUCACUCUGGGGAAAAGUCACCUCAUAGGGAGGAAGUAGGAAGUGAGGACUAUGUAAAGAGACGAGAUGGUUCGCUACCAAAGCAAUCGAUUCCACUGCUGCAGAGCAGAAGCUUGGGCUUUGGAUCAUUGAGUGAUGAUGCAGUAUUAUUAUUACAUAGCUUGUGGUUUUGAAAAAUAUCCUUUUUGAUAUUUAGUAAGAAGGGACCGUUUUUAAAGAAAACCCAUGGAUGUUCCACUAUGUGCUAGAUGUGUAUAGCCCACUGUAGGUAGCUCUUCAAUGGACACUUAGCCUGUGUGAUGGAGAUCCUAUCUCUCUGUCUGCUGGAUCCUGCUCCAACUUCAGCUAGCGUUAGCAAGCAUGCCUGUGGGUCAUAGUCAGCCAGGAAAAAGGAAACCAAAACAGAAAGUGACUGUUUGCCCCUGCUGCCUCUCCAUAGUCUCUGCACUGGGAAUAUCUGUGGGUGAAACCUCAUCAUUUGGAUGAAGAUGACAACAAAGGAAAGGAGAACUGGAUUCAUCUGCUUUCAGCACUACACUGAGUUGUGUGUAACGCAGAUUUUUGAUUGGAUGUUGGCUCAUUUCUCUGUUGGACUGGAUUCAACUACUGUGUUGGACUGAACAUUUGCUCUGCUUUGAGAUUGGCUAGCAGAUCUUGGUGGACACAACCACUGCACUGGAUUGGAUAGGUCUUUCCUAGGAGGACAGCGGCUUUUCUAGGGUUGCGUGGACAUUCCAACCAAAUUACCGGCAUUGACCUGACCCUAUUUCAAACUGCGUGUGUAUGUACAGAGUGUCCAAAACCAUUAAGAACACCUUCCUAAUAUUGAGAUUUGGGGCACCUUCCCCUUUUGCCCUCAGAACAGCCUGAAUUCAUCGGGGCAUGGACUAUACAAGGCGUGAAAUGUUCCACAGGGAUGCUGGCACAUGUUGACUACAAUGCUUCCCACAGUUGUCAAGUUGGCUGGAUGUCCUUUGGGUGGUGGACCAUUCUUGAUACACAAGGGAAACUGUUGCGCGUGGAGAAACCCAGUAGUAUUGCAGUUCUUGACACGAACCAGAACGCCUGGCACCUGCUACCAUACCUUCAAAGAACUGUAAAUAUUUUGUCUCGCACAUUCACCCUCUGAAUGGCACACGUAUAUAAUCCAUAUCUCAAUUGUCUCAAGGCUUAAAAAUCAUUGUUUAACCUGUUUCCUCCCCUUUAUCUACACUGAUUGAAGUGGAUUUAACAAGUGACAUCAAUAAGGGAUCAUAGCUUUCACCUGGAUUCACCUGGUCAGUCUGUCAUGGAAAGAGCAGGUGUUGAUAAUGUUUUGUACACUCAGUGAAUGUGUUCUCCUGUUAUUUUUAUAUUAUGAAUUGUAAUGGUCAAUGAAUUCAAUUUCAUCCUGGUUUCUGUCAUGCACAGUUUGUGUGUGUGUUUGUGGUCUGUCAGAUCUGUGUGAUUGUUGAUCUCAAAUGGACAUUUUAGGACAGUUUCCUAAUCUUGACAAGCAUCACUCUGUGUGGUAUUGAAAUGUUCCAGCCCCUUAUUUAAUGUGAUACAUGUGAAAUACACUGGAAUAUAAAACAAUUGCAAUAAGAACCUAACCAUACGACCCCUAAUGAUGUUUUUAUCAUAAAUGCCUCAAACCUUCCUAUGAUAAGUGGUUAUUUUCUGGUGAGUGUUAACUCCUUCUGGGACUAUUUCUAGCUGGUUGUAUUUUUCAAUCUAAAAUAGAUCUCUUGCCACUUUUUCAAUCAACCUUGAUGAACAUGUUCCUAUAUUUCUGUAGCAACGAGUGUAAAUAUGACGUUUAUGCAUGUGUACUAAAAAAAGGGUGAUCAAAAUACCAGACAAUGGAUUUGAACCCAACCAAAAGGGAAAACAACUGACAGAUUCCUAAUCACAAUUUUAACCACAGUACUUAUGGUUCGUUUUCUUUCCAGUAUUAACCCAGAAAAGGACACAGCAUUUGUUUUUAAUGUUCUGAUUUGAUGCAUUUAUUCUUAGAAACUGUGGUAGUGAUCAAGAAAGUUUGAGACACUGUUUUGCGACCGGGGCAAAGAGCCGCCUGUGAAAUAUUUGGAAAUUUAAUUCUGUAUGUUGAUCCUUGUGACUUUUCCUUCUGUAACAUUCACAGUUUAGUCCUGCGACUAGGUUCCUACUGUCUUAUGUAUCACGGAUUCCAACAAUAACAAACCUAUCUACCUGUAUGUAUAAGAAGCCACAAACGUAGGAGGAUGAUCGACCCUAUGUAUAGGUGUUUUUAGUGCAUUGCUGUGAGAAAAGUGUCUGUCUAGUGGAGAGAGAAUAGGGUCCCUCUUUGCAUCUCCUAAAGUGCUACUUCAUGCGGUGUGCUCUGCUACUCGGCUGUAUACUUUCUCUUAACACAUUGCUACAGCUAGACUCAUGCAGUAGUCCUGUACUUUACUUCUGUCUUUGUUACAUAACCCCCCCCCCCUAGAAUAUCCGUCCUAAUGUUACCAGGUAGGCAAUGCUACUACUGAACCUUUCCUUUCCCACAAGUGCAGACGUAAACUGUAUGUCCGGUGGGAGGAGAUCAUGUAAUGAAUGGAGUCCUAUGUCCAUAUAAGAGUCAAUGAUCACUGUUCUGUUCUGAUAUUUAUGAUGCGCUUCAUUAAACAUUUGCUCAAUAUGUUAAA